GAAACCUUAAUUUUGGUCCAAUUUUAGCAGCAGCAAUGGGAAAAGAUAAGAAGAAAAAUGGCAAAAAAGGAGAAAAAGGAGCAGCGGCCAUUGUCCACGAACCUGUUCGGGAGUCUGCUGUUUCUUUACAUUCGUUGACAGCGACUGGUGGUCAGGCUGAGGAUCAUCAGGUCAGCUCAGGACUCCAAGAGGAGAUCAAACCCUGUGAAGAGCCCCCGUCCCUUGAACCGGUGGAAUAUGAGGAACCCAUUCUCACCCAACUCAUUGUAGAAAGCUAUGAAGGAGAUAAAGUCCAUGGACUGUAUGAGGGAGAAGGACUAGCAAAAUUCCAAGGAGGAAAUGUAUACCAAGGCAUGUUUUCAGAAGGUCUCAUGCAUGGACAAGGAGCAUAUACAUGGGCUGAUGGUGUGAAGUACGAGGGAAACUUUGUGAAGAAUGUUCAGAUGCAUCGUGGCAGUUACACUUGGCCUGACGGCAGCGUCUAUGAAGGCGAGGUGAAGAACGGCAUCAGGCAUGGCUUCGGCAUUUACAAGUGUGGCUCUUACCCUGUUUCGUACGUUGGCCAGUGGUUUGAAGGCAAAAGACAUGGCAAGGGCACCAUUUAUUACAACCAGGAGGGCUCUUCUUGGUAUGAAGGAGACUUUGUAAACAAUAUCAAAAGUGGAUGGGGAAUAAGAUGCUAUAAGUCUAGCAAUAUCUAUGAAGGCCAAUGGGAGAGAGAUGUGCGCCAUGGCGAAGGCCGGAUGAGGUGGUUGACAACAAAUCAGGAAUAUACAGGACAAUGGGUGAACGGAAUACAGCAUGGGUAUGGCACUCACACUUGGUAUCUGAAGAGAAUACCUGGGUCACAAUAUCCCUUAAGGAAUGAAUAUGUUGGAAACUUUGUCAAUGGGGAUCGCCAUGGGCAUGGAAAGUUCUUCUUUGCCAGUGGAGCCACGUAUGAUGGAGAGUGGGUUUUCAAUAAAAAGCAUGGCAUGGGUAAGCUUGUGUUCAAGAAUGGGCGUGUUUACGAAGGUGAAUUUAUAAACGAUCAUAUAGCAGAGUACCCAGCUUUUCAGCUUGAUGAUAUGAACGCACAGAAUCUGAGUGGCAUUUGCAAUCCCUUUGGCACUGAAAGUAUCAAAGUGGUCAAUGGCCCCGGAAGUUUGCCUGUGCUGGGAUCCACCAUUGAAAUAGACAUAUCAACCUUGUUGGCUAUAUUUCCGGAAAAAGACAGGGAGGAGGAAAUCAAACAGACGGAGUUUGCUGUGUUGAGGCAUAUCUCGGAAUUGAGGAAAAUCUACACCUUUUACAGUAGCUUAGGGUGUGACCGCUCUCUUGACAAUACCUUCCUGAUGACCAAGCUUCAGUUCUGGCGGUUCUUAAAGGACUGUUGCUUCCAUCAUUGCAAUGUGACCCUUGCUGACAUGGAUCGAAUCCUGAAUGAUGAAAAGUCUCUUGAAGAGAUUCACUCCCCUUAUGAGACACUGCUGCUUCGAAUGUUUUUGACCUACCUGAUCUAUUUGUCAUUCCACAUCUAUCACAAAGAGUUUGGCGACAGAAGCCCCCGUCUGUUCAAGUGCUUCUCCAGAAUGAUGACAAAGAACAUCCUUCCCAAUGCCUGUCAAAUAAAAGGUGUUUUGUUCAGUGACCAGCAAGAAACAGUCUAUGCUGUCAAUUACAUCGACAAGUGCUGGGAGAUUUACAAAGCUUUCUGCAGACUGAGCUCCUUAGCCCCUUAUGAGCCUACUAUGAAAAUGAGGCAUUUCAUCUGGAUGCUGAAAGAUUUAAGACUUGUAAGCAAGCAGUUAACUGCCACCAAAAUUGUAGACAUCCUGGCGAAAGACAGUCCCUGCGUUCGGGAUGGAGAGGACACUAAUUUAGAGAAAGAGCUGGUUUUUCUGGAGUUUUUCGAAGCCCUCCUCGAUUGUGCCUUGCUGUACGUCACUGAUGAAAUGUUGAAGCAGCAAGCAGAAUGGGUCAGCCAGCUGGAAAGUAGUGGCCAACCGAGUGACAUCUCUGAAGGAGUCAAGAUUUCUCCGCCGACUCAGGAGUUGUCUUCUCGUCAGUCAUUUCAGACCAGAAGUACAAGCAGCGCUGAAGCAAGCAAUGAAACUGGGGACACGGCUGUUUGCUGUGUUAGUACCAAGUCUUCUGCAAGCAGGAUUGUGCAUUUUGUUGAUGCUUCAAAGACCAAGACCAAGGGAAAAACCAAGGACGAUGAAAAAGAUGAGAAAACGUCUCGGCGUGGUUCAAAAUCCUCCCAGAAAGAGAGAGCAGGGUCUCUGCAAGGAAGCCAUGCUGGUGCAACUCUGAAUGUCACCUUUAUCUCUGAUGUGAUGCCUGCAGAUGACAAAGAGGAAAGGGGAGCUCAGACUCUGCUGGACUUGGAAGAGGAGCAUGGCCCCCUUCUCAGCACACCCCUAAAAGAAUUGGCUGAAAAACUGGAAAAAGCCAAAGAAGACCUAAAGACCCAACUCAGUUUGUGGAUGAGUCGCAUUUACAUCUUCUUUGUGAGGAAUUUUUUUGCUAACUACAAGCACUUGCAAAAUGUGAAGGAGACCAUUUUGGACAACCGGGUGCAGGAGGAAGAGCUGGCAGUGCAGAGGAGGAUCAGAGAGGAGGAAGAGGAAGCUCGUCUUCUUGCUUUGUGGGAAGCAGAAGAGGCCAAAAAGCUAGAAGAAGCUGCAGCAGAAAAGGCCGCCUUGGAACUUGAAGAAAGCAUGAACAGAGAAGCAGAGGAGGGCUCAGUCCAGCUGCUGUCUCCGCCAAAGGAAGAAUCUCCCAUUUUGCCUCAGAUCCCGCCAAGUAGCAAAGCCACUACAUCAGGGAAGAAAAAGAAAAAGUAA